ACCAAACAGACAUUCACAGAGACAGCUACUACUGGAGACUUUCAGCCAGCACAGAUAUAGAAGAUGUCAGAAAUCAAAGUUGGGCCGAUGCGUGUCCUUGUGACUGGUGGAUCUGGACUGGUGGGUAAAGCCAUUGAGCAUGUGGUGCAGCAGGAAGGUGGGAAACUGGAUGGAGAGGAAUGGAUCUUCCUCUCUUCUAAGGAAGCUGAUCUUGUAGAUAUUGGGCAGACCAGGGCGGUGUUCGAGAAGUAUCAUCCCACUCAUGUCAUCCACCUAGCUGCAAAAGUUGGAGGAAUCUAUCAACACAUGAAGGAGAACCUGCAGUUCUUGAGGGACAACAUCAAAAUCAAUGACAAUGUACUAGAUACAGCCCACAAGAUGGGUGUCACCAAGGUUGUGUCUUGCCUGUCCAGUUGUAUCUUCCCUGACAAAACCAGUUACCCCAUUGAUGAGACCAUGAUACACAAUGGACCACCUCAUGACUCCAACUUUGGAUACUCGUAUGCUAAAAGGAUGAUUGAUGUUCAGAACAGGGCAUACUUCCAGCAGUAUGGUCAUCGCUACACAGCAGUCAUCCCGACCAAUGUCUUUGGUCCCUAUGACAACUUCAACAUAGAGAAGGGGCAUGUGCUGUCAGCACUCAUUAACAAGACGUACAAAGCCAAAAACGAUGGAACACCUCUGAACGUAUGUGGCUCUGGAGCUCCUAGAAGACAGUUCAUCUAUUCUCUGGACUUGGGCCGUCUAAUCAUUUGGGUCCUGAGAAAAUAUGAAGAAACUGACCCCAUUAUCCUUUCUGUGAGUGAAGAGGAUGAAGUCUCUAUCAAAGAGGCUGUAGACAUGAUAACAAAGGCUCUGGACUUUAAAGGCGAAGUCCAUUUUGACACCAGCCUCUCUGAUGGCCAGAUGAAGAAGACAGCCAGCAAUGCCAAGCUCAGACACUACCUCCCUGACUUCACCUUUACGCCGCUUGAAGAAGCCAUAAAAAUGACCUGCGACUGGUUUGUGACCAACAAUGACAUUGCCCGAUCUUGAAGUGAUCAAACACUGAGCUGAAAUUCACACUAUGCUUUAGUUCUGGUGUCAAGCAAGUUGGUGUCACAUCGCAAUAUUUAUUCAGUGCCACAUUAACCGAUCAUAGACAUAUUCUUCAGUACAUUGAAGCCUUCUUUUAAUCUCUGGAAUUUCACAUCAGGGUUAUCACUUACACCUUUCUUAUCUAAUGUAAUGAUUUAUGAAUAAUGUAAUUCUAUCCCAAUAAAACUGAAUGAUUUAGAAUGAGAUUGAGAAAUAAAUGAUUUUCUAUACUUUUAUCUAAUGCUAUUAACAUUGCACUAUUCCACACACUAGUGUCUCCAUAAUAAAUUCACAUUUAAACCACUUCUUGUGGGUGUUGUCUUUUAUAUGAAAUGGGGAAAUGGGGAAGGGGGUUAUGCAGGAAUACUGAGGUUAAAUUGAGAAACCCUUGGUUUCUUGGAGAAAACCCUUACACAGAAGCAGAUUUAAAAUUUUAUUACAAAUGUUUCCACCUAAGAAAAAACAGUUUGAGACAUUUUUAUUUAUCAAGUUCUACCUUAAACAAGAAACUAAGCUGCUUUUCACUCAGCUCACUCAUUAUAGGAGCCAAAUAUGUUGUAAUGGGUGUCUGUUUUUAAAGCGUAGUUCACGCUCUGUGUGUGUGGUGUCGCUGUGCUGUCACCUAGGGGCUCAGGUAUAUAGGAAGCAACGUCACUGUUGUUGUCAGGUGUUUUGACCUGGAAGGGCAAAUGGUAAAAGAAAAAAAAAAGGAAAAGGAGACGGACCCACAGGACUGGGAAAACAAAAGGGUAAGUUGAAUUUUGAUCACUGGCCAGAGAGCUCAGUUCAGUUAGGAACUUAGAGGGGAGACUCCAGGGGAGCCUCAGUCAAGGACUAGGAGGGUAAUGUCUUUGGAACGACAAUUGGAAAACUUGAUCCUUCAGGCCUGAGUAAACAAAAAGACAUCAGGAGAAGUCUGGGACUUCGUCAGUAUAGUGUUGCUUGUAAGCCAGAAACUUAAAGGUGAUACUGGGAGUCUAGGACUCAGAUAUAAAAAAGCAUGCUGUAGUGUAAGAAAAAACAAAUAAAUAAAUAAAGUAUAGUAAUAUCUAUUAACAGUGUCUCAGUGAAAUAAAAAGUCUACAUAUUUCGCUGAUCGGGCCGUAAGAGAAGUAAAAUAAUCUUAUCAUAUGUGAAUAAGAACAAACUAUAAAUAAGUGAAAAGGAAAAAAAAAACAUUAAAUCCUGAUAAUGUUAAAUAUCUUAAGAUAUGGCAGAAGAAGUAUGAUUUUGUAUCAAGAUUAGAUGUAAAAGAAUGUGAGGAGUUAGUGAAAGCUAUUAGUGAGAAGGAGAAAAGGAAAUGUAAGUCAAGGAAAGAAGGACUGUUACAGGCCAAGUUGUGGCUGAUACAAGCUAGAGCCAGACAAGCCAGAAUUCAGAGGAAGAAAAUAGAAGGAGAAGAGAAAGUUGCUAAAAGAGAAGAAAAUGCAGGUGAACAGAAAGAAGCUCAACAGAGCAGCGAAAAAACAAACUAACAUAUAUGCUGUCUUGUUUUCUGCCUGAGACCCUCAGGGUGAUAAUGAGUACGUGCCAUAUGGGCUCCGUCCGGUUCCUCCGCCUUAUCCCGUGCCUCCUCCUCCUCCUCCUCCUGCACCACCAACUGUCCGCCGCCUCUCUUCCACUCACCCUGCAACCCCUUCCUGAGGGUUAAUGUCACUCCACGAAGAGGAGAGAUGGCUCCACAGAUCCCUCAAUCUCCUCCAAAGACACAAAGCGGUACAGUAUACAGCCACACCACACAUGCAAAUGAGACACAGAGUUACAGAGGAAUAAAUUUAGAUGAUGAUGAUGAAAAUAACACGACUUUCAUCGCACCCAUGAUUGAGCUAUCAAACUCUAGAAAAGGCUUAAAACUCACGGUGAGCGUAUUUAGAGCAUGGACAGACCAGGAUGUUAGAGAUGCAACA